AAGAUUUAACAAUUCACAUCAAUAAGGGAUUAUAGCUUUCACCUGAUUUGUCUAUGUCACUGAAAGAGAAGGUGUUCUUAAUGUUUAAUACACUCAGUGUAAUGAUGUUAUAGAUUCCAAGUGGUUGAUUUUUUAGGGAAUUCAUUUAUGCUCUAUUUAUACCUGCAGAUCAUCACAGCAGCCGAAGUUGAUGUGCAGAGGGAGGAGAUCCUCCGAGCAUCAGGCCUCAUCCUGUCACAGAGGGAGGAAAUGCUCCGAGCAUCAGGCCUCAUCCUGUCACAGAGGGAGGGUAUCCUCCAAACAGCCAGUGUCCCUGCACAGAGAGAGGGGAUUCUCCCAGCAGCUAACAUCACUGUGCAGAGGGAGGAGAUCUUCCGAGCAUCAGGCCUCAUCCUGUCACAGAGGGAGGGUAUCCUCCAAACAGCCAGUGUCCCUGCACAGAGGGAGGGGAUUCUCCCAGCAGCUAACAUCUCUGUGCAGAGGGAGGAGAUCUUCCGAGCAUCAGGCCUCAUCCCUGAAGAGAGGGAGGACAUCCGCCUCACAGCCAGUGUCCCUGCACAGAGGGAGGUGAUUCUCCCAGCAGCUACUGCAGCUUCUAUCACUGUGCGAAAGGAGAAGAUCCUCCGAGCAUCAGGCCUCAUUUCUGCACAAAAGGAGUUGAUCCACCUGAUGGCCAGUGUCACUGCGCAGAGGAAGGGAAUCGUCCCAAUGGUCAGCGUCCCUGCGCACAGGGAGGGGAUCGUCCCAAAGGCUAGUGUCCCUGCUGAGAGGUUGGAGAUCCUCCGAGCAUCAGGCCUCAUCCCGCCACAGAGGGAGGGGAAUGUCCGAACAGCCAGUGUCCCAGCACAGAGGGAUGGGAUUCUCUCAGCAGCCAGCAUCACUGAACAGAGGGAGGGGAUUCUUCCAGCAGCUUCUAUCACUGUGCCGAAGAAGAAGAUCCUCAGAGCAUCAGGCCUCAUUCCUGCACAAAAGGAGUUGAUCCACCUGAUGGCCAGUGUCACUGCGCAGAGGAAGGGAAUCGUUCCAAUGGUCAGUGUCCCUGCGCACAGGGAGGGGAUCGUCCCAAAGGCCAGUGUCCCUGCUGAGAGGGAGGAGAUCCUCCGAGCAUCAGGCCUCAUCCCGCCACUGAGGGAGGAUAUCCUCCAAACAGCCAGUGUCCCUGCACAGAGGGAGGAGAUCCUCCGAGCAUCAGGCCUCAUCCCAUCACAGAGGGAGGGUAUCCUCCAAACAGCCAGUGUCCCUGCACAGAGGGAGGGGAUCUUCCGAGCAUCAGGCCUCAUCCCUGAAGAGAGGGAGGGUAUCCUCCAAACAGCCAGUGUCCCUGCACAGAGGGAGGGGAUCUUCCGAGCAUCAGGCCUCAUCCCUGAAGAGAGGGAGGAGAUCCUCCUCACAGCCAGUGUCCCUGUGAAGAAUGAAAACAUUCAUCCACAACCACCUUCCAUCAUCCCCAUGUUGGCACCACUGCGGAAAUGGGAUGGUGGAGCGUGUACUCCACCUGUGGAUUUCUAUUCCAAGAGAAGAGAUGUCCGACUUAGAUAUGUUGAGCAUCCUGCUAUGAUGUCCAUCACCAAGCCGGAACACUCCGAUGCCAACCCUCAGUUCCAGACUGGCACCCGGCCGGUGGCUGAGCCCGAGGCCCCUGCUGUUCACAAUAACAGUGGAGGCUGGCUGAGCUGGGUCUUUGGGAGUGGAAGAGCUAAUAAGAAGGAGGUUCAUCUACCUGAGGACAAAGACAGAUCUAUUGUCUGGGAUCCAAUUCUGCACAGAUGGGUUAACAAAACUGAGCCCAAGGCUGAAAACAAGUGUGUACCACCACCUCCACCGAUGGGAACACAUGGAUAUCAGGGGAACACUGGCAGUGUCCCCAAAGGAGUGAAUCCCUACUCUAUGAAAGCAGCAGGUCUAUGGGGCAGCAGAUACCCCACAAUGCAUUACAAUGAUGGGACCAACUCAAAGCCUCCAAGCCAUGGGGCUGGACUGCUUCCUAGACAGCUCUCUGGCUUGCUCCCUCCUUCACACUUUGACCUCAUGGCACCAAUGGUUGUGCCACCUGACACUCUACACUACUGAGGCAAUUUUCCCAAAUUGGAUUUGCCAUACAUAGAUUUUUUCAGCAUUAAAAAUGUAUUAAAAUAUGAUCUUUUAAUUAAAUAUCUCCUUUGUGUCCUCAUGUUCACAUGAAUUUGAUGUGUUCUAUCAUCAUUUACAAUUCUUAUUGCUUCUGCAUUUACGUUACUUACUGUACAGACAAUAUUAUAUUAUUAUAUUUUAUUUUAGACAUUACAAAAACAUUUUUUCAUGCUUUCUGGAUUUCUUACAUUUACUUACUGUACAGGAAAGUAUAUUUUAUACACAUAUUUAAACAAAACAAAAACAUUUUAUUUAUGUAUUCCAUAGACGGCGGCAGGGUAGCCUAGUGGUUAGAGCGUUGGACUAGUAACCUGAAGGUUGCA